CCUUCCGGCUUCCCGUUGUUGUGCCGGCGUCACUGUGUGCCGGCGGGUGGACGCCUCGGCCUGUGCAGCGGCUUCGAUCGAGAUGGAGUUCGCAACGGCAGUUACAGUGCCCAGAAGGAUUGCGGCGAAGAACACGCCGGCGCCGGUUCCAGCUAAAGCGACAGGGCCAGGGCAGAUGAUGAAUGUGUGGAAGGAGAUGGAGGAUUGGGAGGCAGUGGGGGCGGCGCCGCCUCUGCAGCCACUGCUGAGGGAAGGGAUCGCUCGCUACGGCGAGCUUGUAGCUGCUUGCUACAAGGCCUUGGACCUCGACCCUUCCUCCGACCGAUACCUCAACUGCAAGUACGGCAAGAAGAGCAUGCUCCGUGGGGUGGGCAUGGCGGACUCCGGCUACUACGUCACCAAGUACAUUUACGCCGCCCCCCAUUUCAGGCUCCCCAUCGCUGCCAGGAGCUGCAGUCCCUGGAUUGGCUACGUCGCCGUGUCCUCCUCCGACUGCCUCUGCCGCUGCCGCGAAAUCCUCGUGUCCUUCCGCGGCACCGUCACUAGCACCGAGUGGAUCGCGAACCUGAUGAGUUCUCUGGAGGCGGCGCGGUUCGACCCGCAUGACCCCCGCCUUGACGUCAAGGUCGCCUCCGGCUUCCUCAGCCUCUACACCUCCGGCGACAGCUCCACCAAAUUCGGCAGCGGCAGCUGCCGUGAGCAGCUCCUCUCCGAGCUGUCCCGCCUCCUCUGCGAGUACAAGGGCGAGGAGGUGAGCAUCACGCUGGCCGGCCACAGCAUGGGCAGUGCCCUCGCGCUGCUCCUCGGCUACGACAUCGCCGAGCCCGGCCUCAACCAGCUGGGGCGGCGCAGGUCGGCGCCCGUCAUGGUUUGCUCCUUCGGAGGGCCCCGCGUCGGCAACGCCGAGUUCAAGCGGCGGUGCGAGGAGCUCGGGGUGAAGGUGCUGCGGGUGGUGAACGUGAACGACCUGGUGACGAAGUUGCCGGGAGUCAUCUUCAACGAGAAAUUCAGGAACCCGGUGGGCGGCGGCCGAUCCAGCUACGCUCACGUCGGCGUGGAGCUGGCUCUGGAUUUCUUCGAGGUGCAGGACUACCCGGCCUGCGUGCAUGACCUGGACGCCUACAUCCGGCUCUUGAAGUGCCCCGACAGUGACGACAUGGUGCGAGCGAAGCGGAAGGGGGCGGCCUCCGCCGCCGCCUUCGACAUAGUGAAGAAGGCGAGAGAGUGCUCGGGGAGAAGUCAGCGACUCGACGCAUGGAGAUGGCAGGACGCCGCCAUGCACGUGAGCCAUUGGACAUCUGAAGCUGGCAGACUGUUAAAAGGCAGUUAAUUAGUUACCUCAUUUUUUUUUAAUUAUUUUAAUGGACAUGUAUUUUUUUUUUAAAGAAUCAUGUCGAUUAAUUGU